AUGAGCAGGUCCGGAGAGGAGGAGGCCUUGCCGCUCAUGGCGCCGUUGGUGGCGGGUGCUGGCGCAUGUCACACAGUCACUACACUCGCGAAGCGAGGCGCAGGCGGCGCGGGCGGUCUGCGUGCGCCGAGCGAGCGCGACUGCCGCGCGCUGGCCCCCACCGCACCACGCGAGCCCCCACCGCUACCGGCUGCCUCAUUUCUCACUAUAAUUUGCGUGUUGCUCGUUUUUUACCAUUAUUACUCCCUCGUUUUGUUUUACGUAUUAUCGAGUGCAUCCCGCUCGCACCGGCCGCCAUGCGCGCCGUGCGCCGCCCAGAUAAUAGCUACAUGCAAUUACGUCGCACCGAAGUGA